GGCGAGGAGCAUCGGACUCGUCAAUUGCACCACCCCCAGGCCCUGCUCAGGAUACCAGUGUAGGAUGCUGUGUCCUUACGAGUUCGAGUUGGACGAGGAAGGAUGCCCCGUGUGUGAGUGCCGCGAUCCCUGCCGAGGAGUGACAUGCCCCGGUGGCACUGCCUGCACCCUGGAGGAAGCGCCCUGUGCCGCCGAGCCGUGCCCGCCGCUGCCCACGUGCAAGCAGCCCCGCAGCCUGGCGACGAUGUGCCCCCUCGGCGACCCCCUCAUGGUGAACGAGAAGGAGGGGCGGCCCUUCCUGUGUGGCUCUGCGCCCGGGACCCCCCACUGCCCCGCCCUCUACAAGUGCCACGUCAGGCAAGGACACGACUACGGCGUCUGCUGCGCUGCCGUGGACGAGCUGCAGAAGCCCGGCCAGUGCCCCGUGGAGGGCAGCGGCUCCGUCGUGGUGGGCGUGGGCGGCGAGGAGGAGGAGAUGCGCUGCGGGGCGUCCUGUCUGCAUGACCUCCAGUGCCCGUCCACGCAGAAGUGCUGCAUUUCCGAGAUCUGCGGUCAGCACUGCGUCCAGCCGGCCAAUCUUACAGCCUGCCUCCAACAACGAAUGAUCGCCGAGCUCCUGGUGGUGACGGAGCGCGAGGGGAAGGGCUACGUCCCCCAGUGCCGCGAGGACGACGGCCUCUACACGGCCCGCCAGUGCUCGAGGAACGGCCUCAUCUGCUGGUGCGUCGACCCCGAGGGAAACAAGAUGCCCCGCACCCUCGCCGCCGCGCACGAGGUCGACUGCGCCAAGGUCGAAG